UUUGAUUGUAGAACGUACUCAUCUUCAUAUACUCCCGUCAAUGAAUCCUGAUGGAUAUUCCCUACGGCAGCGUGGCAAUGCGAAUAAUGUUGAUUUAAAUCGAAACUUUCCAGAUCAGUUUUUCUCUAUGAAUGAGGAUGCAUCUGCAAGAGAACCUGAAACAAGAGCAAUAAUGGAGUGGUCAAGCCAGAUACAUUUUACAGCUUCUGCCAGCUUGCACGGGGGUGCACUUGUUGCAAAUUAUCCAUGGGAUGGAAGUCAGGAUAAAAGACAAAUCUAUUAUGCGUGUCCUGAUGAUGAAACAUUUCGGUUCUUGGCGAGUGUGUACAGUCGCUUUCACUAUAACAUGUCCUUGAGUAAUGAAUUUCCUGGUGGAAUCACAAAUGGUGCAUUUUGGUAUCCUAUUUAUGGAGGUAUGCAAGACUGGAACUACAUACAUGGGGAUUGUUUUGAAUUGACUCUAGAGAUUAGUGACAACAAAUGGCCUCCUGCUCACGAGCUUGCUACCCUUUGGAAAUACAACAAAAUGAGUAUGCUCAAUCUUGUUGUGAGCCUCGUACAGACAGGAGUGCAUGGAAGGGUUUUUUCAUCAGAUAGUGGGAGGCCAUUACCUGGUACUAUUACCAUUGAGGGAGUAAAUCACACGGUUAAAACAAAUAGAGUAUUUGCUGAUUACCAUCGAUUGCUUACCCCUGGUGGGAGGUACAAAGUUAUGGCCACUGUGCCUGGGUACAAAUCAAAGACAACAAAUAUUUGGUUGGAAAAAUCUGCCAUGACAGUUGAUUUUGUUCUGGAUCCAGAAGUUACCCCCAACGGGAAUCUUCUUCGUAGUGCAUGUGAAUGCAACUGUGGUAGGUUGAACAGGUAUGAAUUUGAGAGCUUUUUCGAGGUGCCCACUUUGAAGUGUACGCCCUUUUGAUUCUAGUGUUAGGAUUCCUUUGCUUGUUGUUUCAAAGGAGAA